AUGACUUUUGAUUUAGGAUUUGUUGUGGUAAUAGUAAGAUCUGACAUAGCUACUGGUGUACGGGGAAGAAAAACGUAUGUCAUACUUGGAUGUGAAAGAGGGGGAAAAUAUAGGAAAUACAAAGCUGAUGCAGUGGCUAGUGUAUACGGCACUCGUAAAUGUGAAUGUCCGUUUAGAUUAAAGGGUAAACCAUGUUCAGAUGGGGCCGGAUGGGUGUUGAAGGUGAUGUGUGGACAUCACAACCAUGAGUUGGCUGAAACUUUAGUGGGUCACCCUUAUGCUGGCAGAUCAUGGCCUUUGUUCUUUGAAUAUGUUAAUCAGACUUGGAUUAUUCCGUACAACACAUACUUUGUAAAGUUCUGGACGAACAAAGUAAUGCAUUUAGGGAACACAACCACAAAUAGGGCUGAAUCUGCUCAUUGGAGCCUGAAGAAAGUUCUGGGCAAUAGUAUGGGUGAUUUGUGUUCUUGUUGGGAUAGUAUUCAUAACGUCAUUAUCUUACAACACAACAAGAUUAAGGCGUCAUUUGAAAGUAGUUUGUUGCUCAGGAGUGACCAUUUUAAAGGCUACAUAUAUAGAGAACUUAUUGGGCGUGUGUCUCGAUAUGCAUUGGAUCUCAUUGCUAAGGAAUUGAAAAUAGUGCAGCAGAUAGGAUUGGACUCCUCAAAGUGUGGAUGCGUAUUGAGACGUACAUUUGGUGUCCCAUGUGCAUGUGAAUUAGCACGAUAUGAUCCUAGGAUGAUCCCUAUAGGUGAAUUUCAUAUCAUGUGGCGAAGAUUGCAUUUCUUAAAUGUUGAAUUAAAUGAAACUAAGCCUCAGUUAUCCAUUAAAGAUGAGUUGAAACAAGUAGAAGAACGAUUCAAUGAGGUUGACAUUGGCGGUAAAGUCACCAUCAAGCAAAAGUUACUUGAAAUUGUUUGUCCUACAUUGACAUCAAUGGUCCCUCCAUUACAUAAAGUCAAGACAAAGGGUGCACAAAAAAGUAAAGUUAAACGAAGUGAAAGGUCUACUACGCGGGAUCCAUCAUAUUUUGAGUAUGUGGACGCCUUUCAUUCAACCAUAGAAUCUUCAUCUGUGAGAAGUAAAUUACAAUCAAAGCCAAAAGCAAUGAAGAAAAGGAGAGUUCCAAUGAUAGACCAGUUUCAUUCUACUACUCACCCCUUCAUUGUGGACGUUGUUGAUGUUGUGGCUGAUGGUCACUGUGGGUAUAGAUGCAUUGCUGCGUUGUUGGGACUCGGAGAAGAUUCAUGGCCCGUUGUGAGGAAUGAGUUGUACAAAGAACUCAGUGCAUGGCGUGAUGAAUAUGCAAGCCUAGUAAGAGGCUAUGAUAGACUAGAAGAACUGAGGACCUCUUUGUUGGUGCAGUCACUGUCCGCGGCUAACAAGAGCAAGUGGAUGACAUUACCAGACAUUGGUUAUGCAAUUGCUAACCGAUAUAACGUUAAGCUACAAGAAGGUUGUCCGUUGCCCAUGGUGAAUAUCAUGUCCUCAACCCACGGUUAUCCUGAGGCACGAGCGUGGUCAUCUAUUUAUACUAGUAGGAUGCACGCAUUUGAACAGUUGAUGGACAUAACAACAUCUUAUGUUGACUUAGGUGAUUCGUGA